AUAUACAUUGAAGCUCGAAGCAACACAUCGCACAGUUGCCGAAGGCCUUUGCCGGUUAUGGUAGUGUGGCAAAAGUUCCAAGACAAGUAAUGAAUUGAAGCUCAGAUAGAAGCCGUCGAAGGCCGUCCGGUCGGACUUUGAUUCUUGCUUCCUGACAAUCGCGACCUCGUCCCUUGGCGAGGGUCUCUCAGCGCAUUCAUUGGUGGUGACGCGACACACUUCGAUAUCGCACCACCAUGACCACCCCACGCGCCACAUGGUCUAUGGGGCAUCCAUCUUCCGCCACUUCCCUGACCUCGACCACCACCAGGACCAAACCUGCCCCAAUCUACAAUCCGUACGACAAAUUCACGAAACCUCAAUUUGACGCGUGGAUUGACGACCUCACUGGCACUCUCCGUCGGGCAUUAGGUCAUAUUGAUGACACUGCUCGUGAGGAAUCGCCGGUUGGGUUAGAUGAAUCUUCUAUGGGUCAGAUUGACGCUGAACAGGCCAGCGAGAGCGAGGAUAUUGACGGAGAGGUUGAGGACUCCUUUGCAGAGCUCAAGGCGCGACGUGCUAGUAGGAAGGGUAAAGGCCGUGAUCCGCGAGAAGGUCCAGGGCUUUUUUCUGGUCGCGGGAAUGGUAGCUAUGAAGAACCUAUUGACCUUGCCUCGGAUUCGGAAGAUGAAGAGGCACAGGUAGAGGAUCUAGCACGGGUAAUUGAUGAUACUGAUGAAGGCAGCGAAUGGGAAGAACGGGAUGAUCAUAAACAGAGUGAGCAGGACGCAGAGGAUGUCGAGGCAGAGGCAGAGGCGGAGGUCGAGUAUGAAAGAGAAGGGGAUUACGAAGAAGUGGAGUCUGCUUUGGGAGAAGAAGACGAGGUCUAUGAUGAACACGAAGAAGAGGAGCAGUCGGACCUGUGGAGGUCAGAUCAGUCUUACUCUCCGCCAGUACAGUAUGAAGUGCUCGACGGGGAUGAUGAAGACUACGUCGAGAAAUCGGAUGAACCAGAAGUAAUUGAGCUUCUUUCUGACGAGGAGGUUAGUAUUGGUGGGAGUUCAUUACCUGCUCAAGCCGAGAGCGAGGAGGAUUCCGAUACGGACGUCCAUGAGGAAGAUCAAGAUCAGGAUGUACAUGAAGAUGCGGCCGCUUCUCCAGAAAUCUAUGACGUUGACGAUGACGACGACGAACAACCAUUGUAUGAUGAUACAGUCUAGCAUUUCCUCCGACUGCAUUGGACCAUCCUUUCCAGCACGAAAACAUUGAAAUCGUCGAUCCUUGGGUCCGACCCCAAAUUUAUGCGGAUGAUCUCUACAAGGGUGGGGAUCAUCUCCCAAACCCCGGGACCCAUCCCAGUCCUCAUAAACUCGGAGAUGCUGACGACAGCACUUCUAUUACUCCACAGCAUGAGAUGGAUGAACACAUGGCAGUGUUCGAAGCAUCUCGUGACGAGUUUCCAG